UGAUCGCCUUCCAGUGAUCGCAGUCUCCGGCUGAAGAUCUAACGAAUCACACAUCCCAGUAUGUUCCGAGUGGAGGCUGACGCCACUGAAGGGUCAACGAAAGUUUCUCCGAUACGUGUUUUCCUGGAUGUGCUGUUUGUGCUUAUUGAUAUAGUAAAAGUGAUUUGGUAUGGACUUCCGAUUUUGGUGAUUCAUAUUUUUCGGAAAUUUGUUCCGUCCAAGUUGAAAGAAGUGUCCGGCCAAACAGUGCUGAUUACCGGUGGUGGCAACGGUCUCGGCAGGGCACUGGCACUGGACUUCGCCAGCAGAGGUUGUAACGUCAUCGUCGUCGAUAUUGACUUAGCAGCGGCAGAACGUACGUGUGCUGAGCUGAAACGGAAACGAGUAGCUGCUUACGCCUAUCGAGUGGAUGUAUCGUCAUACGAACAAGUGGAAGCACUGUCUGACAACGUGCACAAAAACGUUGGACCGGUGGAUAUUCUGGUCAACAACGCUGGAUUGGUAUAUUUCGAUUUUUUGCACAAUACCAGCGUGAGCAUGGCUAACCGGACGAUUGAUAUUAACAUCAAGUCCCAUGUGUGGACCACAAAAGUUUUUCUGGAAAAGAUGAUGGAACGAAAACGCGGCCACAUAGUAGGCAUCUCAUCCAUGUCUGGGAUGUACGCGUUUCCCUGGGCCGUCGUCUAUUCCACAUCCAAGUAUGCUGUGAAUGGGUUUAUGGCUGCGAUUACCGAACAAUUGCGCCUGCAAGGCUACGGCGACCAAAUCCAAACAACCUGCGUGUGCCCGUACUACAUCGCCACUCGGAACGAUAUUGUGGAUUUUCUGAAGAAACCUCGAUUUAAGCUGCUUACCACCGAACGUACCGCGCGAGUAAUCGUCGAAGGAAUUCUCAGAAACGAAGUCAUCCUCGCGAUUCCACCGUUUUUCGACCUGGGUGUCAGGAUAAUGCAAUUGUUUCCGGUGAAAAUCCAACAGUUGGUGCGAGAUUAUAUAAUAAGAGAGUAUGAAUUGAAUUCAUAAUAAGUUUUGUUUAUUGUAUUCGGAUUAAAGUGAAAUGUAUACCACGAA